GCCUGCUUCCCACCUCGCGUCCCUUGCCUUCCUUCCUACUCUACCCACUGUAGUGCCUCCUGCGUCCCGCUCCCUCCUAGCCGACCCACAGCACAAGAAGGAUUGCCAGAGUUUCCACUGCAGCAGCCGUGGUGCCUCUGACCCUUUUUAUAGCGCGGCGACGGCGGGCUGACGUCACGACGACGUGCGGACGCAGCGGCGGGGGCGUUUCAGCUUAUGUGGAGAAGUUGCUGUGAAGCCACCUGUAAAUCCAUUUACUGAAUUUAUGGAGACGGCUAUAAAUGAUGGAAGUCAUUCAGAAGAACUCUUUUCCCAUCUUAAAACUAUAUCAGAGAAAGAAGAUUUACCACGGUGUACCAGUGAAAGUCAUCUCAGCUGCCUGAAGCAGGACAUCCUAAAUGAAAAGACUGAAUUGGAAGCGACACUUAAGGAAGCGGAGUUGGUAACUUGUUCUAUAGAAUUACUUUUGCCUCUAUUUAAGGACACCAUUGAAAAGAUUAAUUUUGAAAAUGCGAAUCUUUCAGCAUCGAAUUUGAAGAUUUCCGAACAGAAGGAAAUAUUAACAAAAGAAUUAGACACUUUCAAAAGUGUAAAACUAGCUUUAGAACAUCUUCUUAGAGAGCGAGACUACAAACAAACAGGAGACAAUUUACCCAGCAUGUUGCUAGAAAAUUUAACUGAUAAUAAAAGUGAAAAUACUAAUCUUAAGAAGAAGGUAUUUGAAAAGGAGGCCCAUAUCCAAGAACUUUCUUGUUUGUUUCAGACUGAAAAGGCAAAUACUUUGAAAGCAAACCGGUUUUCUCAAUCAGUAAAAGUAGUACAUGAACGACUACAGAUCCAAAUUCAUAAAAAGGAAACCGAGAACAAUAAGUUGAAAGAAUACGUAAAGAGCUUAGAAACCAAGAUAGCCAAGUGGAGCCUGCAAUUGAGAAUGAAUAAGAAUGAGGCUAUAGUGAUGAAAGAAGCAAGUAGGCAAAUAGCUGUAGCUUUAAAAAAGGCAUCUAAAGUUUACAAACAAAGGCUUGACCAUUUUACAGGAGCUACUGAAAAACUUACUUCCCAAAUUAGAGAUCAGGAAGCCAAGUUGUCUGAAACAAUUUCAACUUCCAAUGCCUGGAAAAGUCAUUAUGAGAAAAUUGUAAUAGAAAAAACUGAAUUGGAAGUACAGAUUGAAACAAUGAAAAAGCAAAUCAUCAAUCUUUUGGAAGCUCUGAAGAAAAUGGAAGACGAUGGAAAAAAUUCAUGUGAAGAAAUUCUUAGGAAAAUUCACUCAAUUGAAUAUGAAAAUGAAACUCUGAAUCUUGAGAAUACAAAAUUAAAGCUUAGAUUUCCAUGUAGAAUUACUGAGUCAAAGAAUAUGAACAUUUUGAAUGUUCUUGAUAUGCUUUGCUACAUUUCUUCUGAAAAGACUACACUUGCUGCUUUGAAGGAUGAAGUUGUUUCUGUUGAAAAUGAACUCUUAGAAUUGCAAGAAGUAGAAAAAAACCAGAAAACCCUUGUUGAAAUGUAUAAAACUCAGAAAAAUAUAGAGAAGAUGAAAGGCCAGAUGGAGUCUCAUCUGAAGGAGUUAGAGCGUGUCUGCGAUUCCUUGAUGGCAGCUGAACAGAGGCUUCACGAGUGUCAGGAGAGUCUGCAGUGCUGCAAGGGGAAGUGUGCAGACCAGGAACACACCGUUAGGGAGCUUCAGGGCCAGGUUGAUGGAAAUCACAGUCUUCUGACAAAGCUUUCUCUGGAAGAGGAAAACUAUCUUAUUCAGUCGAAGUGUGAAAACCUUCAACAAAAAUUAGAACAGAUGGACACAGAAAAUAAAGAGCUUGAGAAGAAGCUGGCAAACCAAGAAGAAUGUCUUAAGCACAGCAGUCUUAAGUUUAAAGAGAAAUCUGCAGAAUAUACAGCAUUGGCCAGACAACUGGAAGCCGCUUUAGAAGAAGGAAGACAAAAGGUUGCUGAAGAAAUAGAGAAAAUGUCUUCUAGAGAGAGAGCUUUACAAAUUAAAAUAUUAGAUCUGGAAACUGAGCUUAGAAAGAAAAACGAAGAACAAAAUCAACUUGUUUGCAAAAUGAACAGUAAAGCACAACAUCAGGAAGUGUGUUUGAAAGAAGUACAAAAUAGUCUUGAGAAGUCAGAAAAUCAAAAUGAGAGUAUUAAGAAUUAUUUACAGUUUCUUAAAACUUCGUAUGUAACAAUGUUUGAAUAAAUUGUCAGAUUUAUUUUCUCUAAGUAGUAGAUUUUUAUUAUGAGUCUAAAAUGUGAUUGGGUAAAAAAAUAAAUAUACUACCAGUUAUAUUUUAUGAUUUAUGGGUGAUAGUAUUAGAGUUUUUAUGUAAAGAUUUUUGAAACAUAAUUUAUCUAACUGAAACUUUAAAAUAGGAUAGUUGUUACUUUUCCUUUUUGCUGGAUAAUUCUUAUUUAUCUCUGGUUUAAUUUCUUUUAAAAGUAAAUUGGUUUUUAGAAUUUUUCUCUCACACAUACAAAUAGAAGUCCGAUUAAUUCUUUGUGAUGUUUGUAGCCACCAUUCAAGUGAAUUUGUAGUAAGUCUUUGCCAAUUUGAUUUUAAAUAAUGUAUAUAAUUGAUUAUAUUGUGGCGAUAUAUAAAUGUGAUAAAGUAAAAUAUUCUUAAUUUUAAUUUUUAAUAAUGGUGUAAUUACAUACUUUCUAAAGCUACUAA